UUCAAUUUAAAGAUUUUAAAAAACAAAAACAAAACACUAGAAUUUGUCUCGGGAUUAUUUGGUUUUAUUUUAUUUACAACAGCUUUUGGGAUUGUAAUUAUUUUUAAUUGCUGUGUUGUAUUGCCUUCGUUCCGAUGAAAACUCCUAAAAUGACGUCGAAAGAAAACCACAACUUCUGCGAGCCAGCUCUCCCUAGUUGUAGGAGGAGGUUCUCUUUAACGUCAGCUGCCAGUAUCAUGGAUCUAACAGAGUUGACAUUCAAACGGAAGAGGAAAAAAGACGAAGACAGCAUCAGUGUUCAUAGCUUAGACACUUCAUCAUUCAAGAACAAGAAGCAUCGCUCUAUGCUGAGAGUCUCUUCCUUGGCCAACCUACUCUCACCUGCAAAACCUGCAAAGAAAAUGGGACGAGCUUUACAGAAAUCUUUAAAUUUCAAAGUACCAUCAACAGCCUCCCCUAGUCUGAAGAUGGGCUCUGCUGCAUACAAACUACCUCUCCCAACAGCUGCCAAAUCUCGACUUGACCGGUCUUGGAGUGAAUCUGUGAAAUCUGAAAGGAUUACUGGUUUGUCUGUUCAAGAAAUUAAGCGCCAAGAGGCAAUUUUUGAACUUUACCAGGGAGAACUGGAUCUAAUACAAGAUCUUGGAGUAGUAAAAACGACCUACCAUGAUUCUAUGAAAAAAUUACACUUAUUAAGUAAUGAGGAGUUACAAAAAAUAUUCGGAUUUCUGGACUCACUGAUACCAAUCCACCAAGCUUUAGUCGACAGAUUGGUUGUUCAAAGACUACCUGACGGAACCACUGAGGGUGUAGGAAAACAGAUCAAAGAAUGGGUACCCAGCUUGUGUCAAUACAUCCAAGUUUGUGCCAACCAGGUAUUUGCCAAGGCUUUGUUAGAUGAGAAGAAAUACGAUGCAGGCGUUGACGAUUUUCUGCAAAGAUGUAUGGAAUCUCCAUUUAGCAGGAAACUGGACCUUUGGGGUUUGCUUGAUGGACCUCGUGGUCGGUUUUUGAAGUAUCCAUUAUUGAUAAAGAGUAUCCAGAGAUAUACGAAUUGUGCAAGUGAAGAUUACCAAUGUCUCAAAGACGCACUAAAACUCAUUGAAAAGCUGAUUGCUGAAGCAGAUGAGAAAAUUGGUGAAGCUAAAUGCACAUUAUACAAAUCAAAAUUGUCAUAUGUUUAUGAUGAUCAGAAAGUUGAUUCCGUUGAAGACUCAAAAGUCUUUGUUUGCAGUGGGAUACUGAAAAACAACAAAGGCACUAAACUCCAUGUGUUUCUGUUGGACAAAGUUCUCCUUGUUACACGGCCAGUCACCAAUAACAGCCAGCGUGGCUUCCAAGUAUACCGUCAGCCAAUUCCUGUCAGUAUGUUAAACGUAGAGGAUUUGAAAGACAACGAAGUGCGGCUGGGAUCCUUCCGGAACGCUUUUGGACAGGGACAAACAGCAAAGAAUGUGUUUCGAGUGUCGUUUAUGGAUCCAAGCCAAGGCCAGUCCCACACACUGAUUGCCACAGACGAACACGACAAACGCCAGUGGCUGCAGUGUCUACGCCAGUCCAUAUCUAACCAGAGGCCCAACGGAAGCUGAAUGCUCUGCAACCCAUCCAAAAUAAGACUCAUCCCCCCCAUCUCUUCAUCCACAAAACAAAAAAUGAGAACAUUUAACAACAAAACUAUCAAAAACUUUAAAACAAACAAAACAAAAAAUGGAUUGAGGGAUUGCU